AUCCAGACUAUCAUUGAUUCUCUCGAAAAGCGCUGGAGUAAAUGCGAUCAAGAUGUAUUUCUAGCUUCAGUUGUUUUGAAUCCCCUUUACAGGAUCAAGCCCUUCGCUCGCCUUCGCAAAUUUACCAACACAGGACUCAUUACGCUAUUUGUCAAGUUAUGGGGUCGAUUCUUCCCUAAUACACCCUCCGACGAGUUUCGAAAGGAGCUCUUGGAGUAUCUAGAAGGACAUGGGGACUAUGGCAAAGAAUUUAUAAAUUGGGUGGACUUGGUUCGAAGUGCGGCUGAGCGAAAACAUCCUGACCCUCUCAAGAUGUACGACAGCAUACAUUUUCAAGAUGUCGAGCCAACACCACUGCAGAAAUUUGCUCAGCAAAUUUUUUCGAUCUGCGCAAACUCAGCCUCUUGUGAACGUCUUUUCAGUCUUUUCGGCACAGUACUCACAAAACUUCAUUUGCACCUCGGUCUUAAAGGCCUCACAGACUUGGCAGAAUUG